CAAACAUGAAUUAGAUGCAGUCCGUAUCGGUCUCUAAUUUAUAAAAAAGUUAUUGCAACGCUGUUUUAUCUCAUCUAAAUUUCCUGGUUUUGAGACGUAAAUCCUGCUCAGAGAGUAUCUCCCUGUUUCUGCACUAUGAUUCAUGUAUUACAGCUAUACAAAUGUAUGUGAUUUAAAAAGUCCUGUCUGAUGACUGGACAAAUCUACUGCAAUUAAUGAGCACCCUGGCUAAGAAAAAGUUAGCUGGCUUUCUAUGAUAAAUCCCUUUUAUGUAGUCUCCUGUACAAAGUAGAGUUUUAACUGCAUAAUAAAUACUGACUUUCUUUUUCCUGCUGGACCAUAUAAUUUUAAUUUCUACAAAUUACCUCUUAGGAAACACAUAAAUCUCAUCAUGGGAGCUGUGGCGAUCGAUGAUAGUCCACCUGGAGUUAAAGCCCCAGAUGGCGGCUGGGGCUGGGCUGUGCUCUUCGGGUGCUUUAUCAUCACUGGAUUCUCCUACGCCUUUCCAAAGGCCAUGAGUGUCUUCUUCAAGGAACUUAUCCGGGAGUUUCAUGUUGGAUAUAGUGACACAGCAUGGAUCUCCUCUAUUUUGUUGGCAAUGCUUUACGGAACAGGUCCCCUGUGCAGCAUGUGUGUCAAUCGGUUUGGCUGCCGUCCUGUAAUGCUGGCCGGAGGCCUCUUUGCAUCCGUGGGGAUGGUCAUUGCUUCCUUCUCCACGAGUAUAAUUCAGAUCUAUCUCACUGCUGGUGUCCUUACUGGAUUGGGACUGGCCCUUAACUUCCAGCCAUCCCUUGUCAUGCUAAAUCGCUACUUUAGCAAAAAGCGGCCUUUGGCCAAUGGGUUGGCUGCAGCUGGAAGCCCUGUGUUUCUCUGUGCUCUUUCCCCCCUGGGGCAGGUACUGCAGCAUGAAUACGGAUGGCGAGGGGGAUUUCUCAUCUUGGGAGGAUUGCUUUUGAACUGCUGUGUUUGUGGAGCUCUGAUGAGACCUUUGGAAAGUCCCCCAAAAAUGGAAGCUUCCAAAACAACUGAGACACAACGCAAGAAAAAGCUAUUGGAUUUCACUGUCUUCAAAGAUUCUGGCUUUGUAAUCUAUACAGUGGCCGCAUCCAUCAUGGUGCUAGGCUUAUUUGUGCCUCCAGUUUUUGUAGUGAGCUAUGCGAAAGAUAUGAAGUACGAGGACACCAAAUCAGCUUUUCUUCUGUCAAUUCUUGGCUUUGUGGAUAUUUUUUCUCGGCCUCUUUGCGGAAUACUGGCUGGCCUGAAGUGGGUUAGGCCCCGCUGCGUCUACUUCUUUAGUUUUGCUAUGUUUUUUAAUGGUUUCACUGAUCUCAUGGGCUCCUUGUCCUAUAAUUAUGGUGGUCUGGUGGUCUUCUGCAUUUUCUUUGGCAUGUCCUAUGGAAUGGUUGGUGCUCUUCAGUUUGAAGUUCUCAUGGCGAUUGUUGGUACCCAGAGGUUUUCAAGUGCCAUUGGCUUAGUUCUUUUGGCUGAGGCAGUGGCUGUUCUAAUUGGCCCACCUUCAGCAGGCAAACUCCUGGAUGCAACUCACAAGUAUAUGUAUGUUUUUCUUUUGGCUGGUACUGAAGUCGUUACCUCCUCUGUGGUGCUGACUUUAGGAAAUGUCUUCUGUAUCAAAAGACCUGUGCAAACACACACAAAAGAUCAUGCUGAAAGAGAAGGGUUAAAUCAACUACCUGGAGAAUCCAAGGUAGACUCUAUUGAAGUGGAACGCUUUCUGAAAGAUGAAAAAAAUGGGGAAGUUGUAACCAACCCAGAGACAUGUGUGUGAAUGUGACAGAGAUGAAUGCCAAAUAUUUAGGGAGAGAUUCAAACACUUGUAUUUAUUUUAGUAAUAGGCUUUGGUUAGGAUUGAGCCAUUUUGUUUGGGAAUUAGAGGUCAACCAGCUCAUGGAAUCACUUCUUGGAAGCUUUCAAGAAAGACUUGGUUAGAAAGUUUUUCUCCCUCUUUUAAAAGAGGGACUGAUCUUCAAGUUAAUUUGCUUGGGUAUAACUACUGCUGUAAACUAACAAAUGGCCUUCUAAACACACAUAGGGAUCCUGCUUUGCACUGCCAGAAAACAUUAUCUUGGAUGAAAGUAUUUUAUCUUGAAAAAAAAAAAUGUAUAAAUAUUCCUGUAAUACAGAUGACAUACUUCUUUUUUUAUCUAUAGAACCUCAAAAUAUCUUCCAUAACUUUAUCUGAUUCAAAGGGAAUAUCUUACCAAGAGAUCAGUUGGCUCAGCCCUAAUCUAAUCUUGUAUGAUUCUGAAUUUUCAAAAACUUUGGUUUUGCCAAUGUAUUUUUAUAUCGUUUUCAUCAUCCUUUUACUUUAAAGAUUAUACAUACAGAAGAAA